CCCAGGUUAUAAUAAUCUCUGGUAAUCCAUGGUAUCCCUUGGCUAUUGAAACACCACCCUGAUCCUUACUUUCAUUUUCACACGGCCAUCUUCUCCUGAAUGCAUGUGUGUCCAAAUUUUGCUUUUUUGUAAGGACACAAGUCCUAUUGGACUAGGGCCAGCCUAGCAACGUCAUCAAAACUUGAUCAUCUCUGUACAAACCCUUUCUCUAAAUAAGGUCACAUUCUGAGGGAGUGGGGGUUAUGAUUCCUACAUGCCUUUUUUUGGAAGGGACACAAUCCAAUCCAUAGCAAAGGCCUUCAAUCAUUUAUUCUUGGGGGACUGACUGUACAUGCACGAGACACAGUCCAGUGAGAAAGACAGGACACGCACGUGCAGAGCUCCGAUAUGGAGUUAAAUCUCAGCUGGGGAAUCUGGAAAGGGUCCUGGAAGGCAAGGGCACAGAGUCACAAUGGAUGGUAUGAACCAGCUGAGGACCCAGAUCCCUUUGAAGGCCCCAAUUACCACAUCGCUCCCAGAUGGGUGUACCACCUCACCAGCGCCUGGAUGGUCUUCGUGGUCAUCGCAUCUGUCUUCACUAAUGGGCUCGUGCUGGCAGCCACCAUGAGGUUCAAGAAGCUCCGCCACCCUCUCAACUGGAUCCUGGUCAACUUGGCCAUCGCUGACCUGGCAGAGACCAUCAUCGCCAGCACCAUCAGCGUUGUGAACCAGAUGUAUGGCUACUUUGUGCUGGGCCACCCCUUGUGUGUUGUGGAGGGCUACACUGUCUCCUUGUGUGGGAUCACCGGUCUCUGGUCCUUGGCCAUCAUCUCCUGGGAGAGGUGGAUGGUGGUCUGCAAGCCCUUUGGCAACGUCAGAUUUGAUGCCAAGUUGGCCAUCACGGGCAUCGCCUUCUCCUGGAUCUGGGCUGCUGUGUGGACGGCUCCGCCCAUCUUUGGUUGGAGUAGGUACUGGCCCCACGGCCUGAAGACUUCAUGUGGCCCCGAUGUGUUCAGCGGCAGCUCCUACCCAGGGGUGCAGUCGUACAUGAUCGUUCUCAUGAUCACGUGUUGCUUCAUCCCACUCAGCGUCAUCAUCCUCUGCUACCUGCAAGUGUGGCUGGCCAUCCGAGCGGUGGCAAAGCAGCAGAAAGAAUCUGAGUCCACCCAGAAGGCAGAGAAGGAGGUAACCCGCAUGGUGAUGGUGAUGAUCUUCGCCUACUGUCUCUGCUGGGGGCCCUACACCUUCUUUGCCUGCUUCGCCGCUGCACACCCCGGCUACGCCUUCCACCCUCUGGUGGCUGCCCUGCCAGCCUACUUUGCCAAAAGUGCCACUAUCUACAACCCCAUUAUCUAUGUCUUCAUGAACCGCCAGUUUCGAAACUGCAUCUUGCAACUUUUUGGGAAGAAGGUGGAUGACAGCUCUGAACUCUCCAGUGUUUCCAAAACAGAGGCGUCAUCUGUUUCUUCGGUGUCACCUGCAUGAGUCUCUGCCAGCCCUGAAAACGAAAACGCCUGCCUCUCACCCGAAAAUGGAAAAUGGAACCUGUCCCCACCUCCAGGGCUUUGGCCCCCAUCCACCCCGCCUCCCCACCCUUGCUUCUCCAUCCCUGUGAAAUAAUUGUAGUUUCUCUUUGCCAAAAACAACCAUGUCACAGGGGCUGCCCCGGCCAUUUGGGGGCAACCAAGCCUCUGGGCAUUGGGUCACUGGGUCACGGGAGGGCACGCAGGGUAGAGAAGGGUGCAGUACUCCAGAGAUGUUCAUCUUUUAUAAGCCUCCUGUCUGCAGGUGGGAAAGAGAAGUGUGAAGCAGGUGGGCAUCACCGGGCUGCCAGGGAUGAACCAGGAAAGGCAGAGCUGAGCAGUGGCCAUCUGGAGAGGUGGGAGGAGCUAGCAAAGCCAGGCCUUUUAAGGCCCCUUGGGUGGAGGCCGAGAGGCCCUGGCAAACCAUCUCCACCUGGAGGGGACCCAGGCCUGCCACUCUGGGGCAGAGAUGGCGUGCCGCUUCUGCCAGGCCAGGGUGCUGAGCCCAAGGAGCAGGAGCAUGGUGCAUGUGUGCAGGCGCAAGUGCAGCAGCAGGGGGCAGGCACAAGUGCCGGACAGCAGAACCAGGAGCACCGUGGCCAGCUUCAGCAGCAGGCUCGUCAAGUGGCACAGGAUGUCCUGGGGCCAGCUCUGUGGGCGUUCUGUCAGCCCCAGCUGGGUCACCUGCUGCAGAGCCUCGAGCUUGCCCAUGCGGUUCUUGAAGGUAUCCAUGACCUCCUGCAGGAGGAAGACCAUGAAGCUGGGACCCUGCGUCCCUGCUGCCCAGGAGCUGGAGAGUCGCAGAUUGUGCCCGAGUUCCCAGAUUGGCUAAGCCGGCCCCGGCCCCAGGAGAGGGCAGCGUGAUCAUAAAGACCAGGCGCUGCAGGGGCACAGUGCCAGGCACGAUCCCUUCCCUGGGCUCCGGGGGUGUCAGAGCAGACUCCCUCAUCUUCUGCUGGCCUGGUCCCUAUCACCACCUCCUUAUCAGCCAUUUCUCACAAAGGACCCCCAGGGCUGCUCACCCAGAUCUCCUUGGCUCUCUCAUAGGACAGGUAGACGAUUCUCUCCUCGGUGCAGGCCAGGUUCUGUUUGAGGUGGUAAAUCUCGUCCAGGUGCCCCUGCAGGUGCCCAUUCACCUGUCCUUCCAGCAGCACUUGUCUUGGGAGCAAAAGACAGUGACAGGCCCUGAGCAACCCUGCUCAAAGCCACACUAGAUGUGGCUUCAGAACACGCCUUCCUCCUCUCUCCUCAAGCUGCAGUCGAACCCUGACUCCUCCUCCAGGUCGGUCUCAGAACACCCCAGAUGCACAUCAGCCAGCCACACACACACACACACACACACACACCAAUAUUCAUGAAUCUUUUAUAUAUAUAGUCACUCUUUUGUAAUGGCUUUACAAAAAUAGCAAUAUAUAAGAAGUAGAAAUCGAGAUCUAAACUGCCUGUGUAUGCCAUUAAAUUCCAUAUAUAUAUAUAUAUAUAUAUAUAUACCCCCACCCCAGUGUUUCGUGUGCAGUAGCUCUUCCCUAAAAAUCAUCUGUUGAUUAUCAGGAUGGAACAGUCUCAAAACUCCACAUAACUGUAUGACACCAUGGGUAGGAAAUGCCCAGCAUAAGCCAAUCCGUAAAG